CACUGGGCAGGUAGUGGUAUGGUGGUAUUUGAAUAUUUUACUUAUCUUGUCUCAAUUUAACAUUCUAGUUAUAUAUAUACAAACUUCAUUUUUUUCCUCCAAAGCAACAUUUGUUUUUCUCUAUGAAACUCCAAAAUACUAAUAUGACCUUCUCUUCCCUUUGAUCUCCAAAUUUUCUUUAGUGCCAUAUACAUAUACUUUAACAAAAGUUUGAGAUCUAGCAAAAAUGCAAAAUCUCAAAACUACAAUAGAUCUUCCCAAAAUCAAGUCAAUCAAAAUGAAAUCAAAUGAAGUUAUACACACUUCCAAUGUCGAAGUGUAUUAUGGGAAUGCACCAUUGGCUAUUCCAUUUAAGUGGGAAGCUCAACCAGGAACACCAAAAGUCAAGAUUCUUGAAACCCCAAUUCCUCCUCUUACUCCACCACCAUCAUAUCUUGAGAAAAAAAUGAAAAAUGCCAUAAAGAAACAAACAAAGGGUAAAUUGUUACAAAGGUUUUUCUUUCUUCCCAAAUUAAACUUGAGAAAAAGUCAUCUACAACAAUCAUCUCCUACUAGUUCUUCUUCUUCUUCAUCAUCAUCGUCAUCGUCAUCAUUUUCUUCACCGCCUACACCUAGGCGUUGGUCAUAUUCUGUUCCCGCAUCUCCAUGCAGAGUUAAACCUAAUUUCUAGAGCCAGUGAGUUCAGAACGUGUACUGUAUGUUUGUAUCAUGUUAUAUGUAUACAUUUUCAGUUAUAUGCAUACAUAGUUUGGAUUCAAAUUAAUGGAUUCAGUUGAAUCCACGGAAUUCAUCGAGAUCAACUUUUGUCUCCAUGCAGAGUUAAAUCUAAUUUGUAGAGUCAGUGAGUUCAGAACGUGUAUUGUAUGUCUGUAUCUUGUUAUAUGUAUACAUUUUUAGUUAUAUGUAUACAUAGUUUUGAUUUGAAUUAAUGGAUUCAGUUGAACCCAGAAA